ACGCAGAGCACGUGAAGGCGGCGAGAUGGGGAGAGACUAGAGCAGAGCGAGAGAGAGGGAGAUUUUGUUCAUCUGCGCUUUUUUUUUCUGUUUUGUGAGCUCUGCCUCCCUCUGUCGUGUCACUGGAUAUAGAGAAAGAGGAAGGAAUAUGGUUUCAACGGACGCUCCUCCCGUGUACACCGCUGCACUGCUCUAAAAAAAAAAAAAACCCACUACCACUACCAACAAUCGCGAAACAAGUCUUAACAGCGACGCUAUCCACCCCACCAGCCUGCAAGAGCACUACACAGAGACACCUAAAUGGUGGAAGCCGUGGUGGAGUUCGAGUAUGAGGCCCAGCAGGACGACGAGCUGAGUCUGAGUGUGGGCGCCAUCAUCGUGAACAUCCGCAAAGACGAUGGCGGCUGGUGGGAGGGCGAGCUCCACGGACGCAGGGGGCUGUUUCCGGACAACUUUGUACGGGAGAUAAAGAAAGAGGGGAAGCGUGAUGGAGGGCAAGCUGCAGUUCUUAAAAAUGAGCUGUCCAACGGCCGGGCCAGUCCUGUAUCCACGGAGACGGGGGUCAGACCUGGGAAGAAAGUGGAGCAGAUCCGUAAGCGGAGGUGUAAAGCGGCCUUCAGUUAUGUUCCACAACACGAAGACGAACUCGAGCUGAAGAUCGGAGACAUCAUCGAGAUUAUCACAGAGGUGGAGGAGGGCUGGUGGGAGGGAGUACUGAACGGUAAAACUGGGAUGUUUCCGUCAAACUUCACCAAAGAGAUCGUUCUGGACUCAGAUACGCCCCCUAUAGACACAUCGCAGGAAGACCUCCGCAGUGGACGCACAAGUAAGGAGAGCCCGGGCAGUGAGAGCGAUGGAGCAGACAGCCGCUCAGACACAGGAUCAGUGGAGAUUCAGCCCAAGAAGGUUAGAGGUUUUGGUUUUGGCGACAUCUUCAAAGAUCAGCCAAUCAAACUCCGACCGCGAUCAUUAGAAGUGGAUACAGAGGCCACGAAGGUGAUCGAGGGGAAAGCAGCGACAGCCACAGAAACAAUGAAAACCGAACCGGACUGCAAAACAAGAGGGCGGGAGCAGUGUAAAGUCCUGUUCCCGUAUGAAGCACAAAAUGAGGACGAGCUGUCAAUCAAAGAGGGCGAAGUCAUCAACAUCAUCACCAAGGAGUGUGCCGACGCGGGCUGGUGGAUGGGAGAGAUCGGAGGAAGACAAGGAGUUUUUCCAGAUAAUUUUGUGAAGCUGCUAGUGCCAGAAGUAGAGAAAGAGAGACCAAAGAAACCACCUCCUCCCAGCGCUCCCUCGUCUAAACACAACACAGAGAAAAAGUCAGAGCUAAGGAAGGUCCCUCCUGAGCGCCCCGAACACCUCCCACUCAGAGACCAGGACAGAGGUGAAGAUCUGAAGCCUGGAGACAUCCCUAAACCCACUCUUCCAUCUGUGUUACCCAAGAAACCUCUGCCCCCCAAAACCACCAACUCCUCCUCCUCCCAUCCUCCGAAACGCCCUGAAAGACCACCCACACUAUCGUGUGAAAGCCCCAAAACUGAGUGCAGAUCUACGACCCCAGACUCCGCCCCUGAUAGGUCACAAGACGCCGAUAUGGAUUUAGAUGCAGUAAUCUCUUCUACAGAGAAACUUAGUCACCCGACGGCGUCGCGUCCUCGAGUCACAGACAGGAGACCAAGGUCCCAAAUCUUUUCACAAUCUUCCCUUUCUGCGAUAGAGCUUUUGGAUGCUGCAGACGACAGAAAAGACAAAGACAGAGGAAAAGAAGAGCCUGAGCCUGUGAUUAUGAGGAAAACAGCCCCCUCCAACUCAGUAGCUGAGAGUAAAGCGCCUCUCCCGGUCAAACCUUCGUCUUUAAAUCCUCCCAACGCUGUGCUUCGUCCCAUCUCUCCUUCCUCCUCGUCCGGUCUAAGCCCCUCCCCCGAGCUCCGGCACUCCCCCAUGACCCCGCCCAGUUUAGAGGAGCUCCGCAGCCAACUGAGAGACCUGAGGGCGUCUGUGGAGAUACUCAAGACCCAGCACAGACAGGAGAUGAAGCAGUUGGCCACCUCUCUGGACGAGGAGAAGAGGAUUCGUAUUAGUUUACAGAUGGAGGUAGAGCACAUAAAGAAGAGCCUGUUGAAAUGAACCUAGAUUUUCCUGUUUGUCACAUCAGACACUCCUCGUCAGCCAAAAUCAACUCCAGCCAAAAUCUCAGUUUGUGCCAAAUCUUCAUUGACUCCUCCUCCUCUUCUUCCUCCUCCUCUUUCUUUGUCACACCUGCCCCAAAAACGCCUUAUCCUGAGUUAAAAUGCUUUGUUAUGUUUACUGCUACUUACCAUGAAAGCUGCCAAUGCAAUAGUCACACUGUCUCAAUCGUUACGUGUAUGCAGAGGUGGAAAAUAUUGGGAAAAAUAGUAUUAGGUAGUAAAUUUAACACUACAGGAUUAAAAUAACAUGAAACAUAAGAUCUGAAUUACAGCUGAGUUUGUUAAAUUAUUCAUCUAAAUGUGAAAUCAUGUCUGUACACCGAUGAUUUUUGUGUCUAAAUGUGACCUUUGGCGUAAUCUGUAAUAGAUUUUUAUAAGAAGAUUUACAAAAUGCAGAAGAUUUUUAGAGAAGAUUGACAAAAUACACCAAUAGAUAAUGUGUUUUUAAGUGGUUUAAACCAUAGACUGUAUCAAGGCAUGGACUAAGGGUGUGUGAUCAGGCAAAUGAAGCUCACUGAGGCACCCCGAGUUCUGUUCUCAUAUUAGGAAUAGGAAUUUAUUUAUGGACAAAAUAGCGAAAUAAAAACACCAGGAUCAUGUAGAGCGUGUUAAUACGAACAUUUUAAGGCCAAAAUGACAAGGCUCACUGCAGUAGUUACAGAGAGAGGGGUGACGAUUUUUCAUUGUAAAGUCAAUUGGAGCCAGAGUCAAUGGAGCCGGAAGCGCCCCCAUGCUCACUUCCUAUUUGGAACGCGGCAGCUAUCAAAUUUCCAACGAACUUUCCAUUCAUAUGUACAGUUUAUGGUUUAAACACAUCGGGGCGACAGUGGUGUUUAAAAAAAAUGAGAGUAUCAGUUCUUGCUUGGACCAAGAUCUGUUGUUGUGUCCUUAGGCAAGACACUUCACCCACCUUGAUUUGAACGAGUAAUGACUACAGUGUAUAGGGCCUAAUUUAAAUGGGAUAAAUCGCCUUCCAAAAUAUGUCAGGGUAAACCGUUUAAAAAGAAGAAGGCUUGUAAUUUAUGUUUUAAAGCAAAAUUGUCAAAAUUCAAAAACAGUAUCAAGCUUAAAUAUACUGUAAAUAACUGUUUGUGAUUUUUUACUUCCACCUCUGCAUAGGCUGACUGCAUUUCCAGAGUUACAGUCCACCACAGAGCAAUCUCGCUGGUACCAUGUUAAAUAAACUUUUUUUUUCUUUAUUUUAAUAAUGUGAGAUGGACCACUGUAGCCACGGGCGGUUCCAAUGAGCUGUUCUGUGACCACUCUGAGGCCUUUGACUCUUAAUAUCCACCAUCUGUGAAAGAAAGAAAGUGUAUUUACUGUAGAGAGGCUUUGUUUACAAAAUGCAAAAGUGGUUGAAAUUUAAUAUUAUAUUUGCAUUAUUAUUUUUAUAUACAUUGCAAACUAGACACAAACCAUCUGUUCAUCAGUGGUUAAGAUUUUCUUGUUAAAUCAGCAAGACGAAGAAGAUGUCAAUAUUGUAACUAUUUAUUUCAGCUUUUACUUUUGUAUUUAUUGUGUAAACUUGCUUUUGUGUCUUACAAGGAUUGGGUCUUAAUGAGGUAGUAAAAUAUAAAAAAUUCAUAAUCUAUUUAAUUUUUACAAGACCAUUAUUUGACUUGCGAAUCAUGCAAUUCAGUCUUGGAAAAUGAUACUCACUAAUUAACUGUAUCACAAUAUUAAAGGUGCAUUGUGUAACUUUUCUGAUAGAGGGUCCAUCUUCUGCUUCCUGUUUCUACUGAUAUGUCAUUUCUCUGCCUGGAAUGUUCCACAGUGUGACAUUAAACAGCUCUACUUUACAUUUAUUCAAUUACAGCUGGUUUUAUAGCUCAAAAAUACCAUUCUAACUGUGAGCGGCAUUGCUUUUCCACAGAUCUGACCUGUAACUUGGUCUGGUUUGGUCUCCAUGAAGAUAGAAAGGUUUAAUAGUUAAAUAGUUAAAAGUUACAGAAUGCACCUUUAAAUAUGUAUUCAUUUUACCUUUCGAUUACAUACUACUUCAUAUAAACGUUCAUAGAUUUCUUAAAAUUUUUCUAUAUUUCGAUGCAAUUAUCAGGUCCAAUUUCGACCACUUUUGCCUUUAGUGUGAACAAAGCCUGAACAGAAUCUGAAAAUAGAGACCUUCUGGAAGCAAGGACUUUAUUUUUAACUUCAGUUUUAGUUUUACAGUGUGUAUGAAGCACCACUGACGCACUGAGCCAAUGUUCCCAUGGUACACUGCAGGAUGGUGAGUUCAGACAGCAACAAUACUCUGUUCUUAUAAUGUCUUAAUAGUUUGUUUUAAUUGUAUUUAAUUGGCAGUCAAAUAUUGGACUUGAUAUUAGAGUUAUUUUAAGGUUUACAAAAAGCACACACACAGAAGGAUUAUCCACUAAUCUGGGUGCUAAUGUAACAGGGUAGAAAACAUUUUAACAUGAAUUAUGGCGAAAAUAAGUUAUGCUUUUAAUGCAAUGAAAUAUGUUGGUUUAAGUAAUUUAUAUAGAGCUUUACUUUUGCCUUAAUGAUUUCAGAAUAGGUUUUGUUACAGUUUUAGAUGCAUUUUCAAAAUCUCUUUUAUUAGUUUAGUCAGCACUAGAUUAUGCCCAGGCUAUGCAAAAGCUCUUCUUUUAGUUUAGGGACCUUGUUCAGAAUCAUAUUUAGCCAUUUGUAACAUAACAUGGUAACAUAGAUACAGUGCUCAUAAUGUGAUGAAGUAAAAGGUGCACUAUGUAACUUUCCUGGUGAAGGGUCUGCCAUCUGCUUGUCUCCAUAGAGAUGUUAUUGCUUUGUCUGGAAAACGCCAUUAAACAUAUUUAUGCACUGCAAAUUUCUCUGAUCUGGCCAAGAUUAUAAAACUUAAAUCAGGUUUUUCAUAUUGUUUUCAGAUUUAUUAUCUACUUACGAGACCAGAGACUGUUUAAGUUUAGUCUAGAGGUAGUUUAUGUUAAGAUAACUUGUCAAGUAAAAUUAUCCUCCUGCAUGGACAGAUGAUUUCACUACUUUUAAAUAAUUUUCUGAUAGAUUUAAGUGUUUAUAUCUUACAUUUUGGCCAAGCUUUUUCGCAGUGUGUGUUGUAAUACUAAAAAUACCUUGAGAACAUGCAAUCUCUCCAUUUUUCUGUGCAGAUGGGUAAGUGUAAUGCCAUACUAUGGAACAUUCCAGGCAAAGCAAUAACAUACAAGCAGGACUGUAUACCUGAAAAUACAUAGUGCUCCUUUAAGUCUAUAGUGAAAAAAUACUGGCCCACUUCACUGAAGCUGCAUUGUUCGUGUCUGCUUUUUCUAAUUGGCAGUUGAGAGAGCUAACUACUAUUGGGAAUACAUGAAUGAACUUAUUGAUACAUGCAGCAGGGUUCCUACGGUCAUGGAAAUCCUGGAAAAGUCAUGGUAUUUUGUAAAUUCAAUGAAAGUUAUGGAAAAGUCAUGGAAUUUUAGCAUCUCUUUCACGCAACUACAGCGUUCUGUUAAGUUGUCAUUAGACUAUUAUGAUUAUUUCUGAACGACUGCGCCUUUUGUUUAAAAGAGACGACAAGAAAUGCACUGACAGUAUUUUAAAAUAUAAUACCCAACCAUAAGGUGAGUGAAAAGGGUUAACAUUUCACAUUUAGCCCUAACAGUAUGAUCAAUUCUAAAUGUAGGUGCUGUAAAGUCAUGGAAAAUUCACUUUAGGUCAUGAAAAAGUCACUGAAAAGUUUUGAAAUUUUGUCAGUGAAAAAGAGUGGGAACCCUGUUGCAGUGACAUCACUUUCUACAUGUAUGUGUAUGGCCAAAUGUUCAACUGUUCCCAUAGUAUAGGGUAGCAUAGAUUUAGAAAAUAAACAGAAGUGAAGAGAAACUAAUAAACAAACCCAAUUCUUACAUUGUUUACAUGAUACAAACUUUCUCGCGUGAUCUUGCAUUCACAUAUUUUCAAACACCAUCACUUUCUCUCUCUUCCAGUUCAGCACAGUUGAUAUUUGACUGCAAAUUAAAUCCCUACUUGAACACGUCUUAUCAGCUCACUCGCGUCGUUUCAUUGCCUUUAUAUUAUUUGCAUUUUUGCACCUCAUAUCCUGUCCCAAGAUUGAACUGAUGUCUUUGUCAACAUAACUCUUUUUUGAACGUUGAACUUUACAACAAUAUUUCGCACAGGGUUUUAAAGGAAUGUAGUCAGCAGAAGUUCCUGAUAUUUGAGUGUUUUAUAUCUGUGUAUGCAUGCAUGUACUGAAGAGUGUAUGGCUUCCUUUAAUGUGCACACACGAUCUAUGGCAACUGUCACUGUGGCCUUCCUGUUUCCAAUGAUUUUAAUUUCAAAUUAUUUUAAUUUUGUGGUUUUGUUUUUUUAUUUUCUUUUAUAUGACAACACAACACGAAAAUAGUGCUACAAAUGAGCUGCAAGAUGACUUUUCUUCUUUCUUGAGUUGGUCCUUUCUCUCCAGGAUAGUGAAAUAUAUAAAUAAAUAUAUACUUUUAUAUUUCAGUGUAAUAAAGAUGCUAUUAUGUAA